AUGACUGCGGACGACGAGGACGGGACGGCGGAGCGGCUCAAGCGGCCGAUCACCGAUGCACACCCAACGCUCUAUAUAGAGACAAGAAAGGCGCAUGCUGCAGCCUCCGUCGACCUAUACUGUCUGCUCUUCAACGCGCAGGGGGAGCUCGUUGACCACGUGCCGGUGAACGGGUCACUACGAGACGGCUCGAUCGUGCAAGCGCCCCGCAAUCAGCACGGCUACCACCAGAAGAUGGUGAUAUCACUGGCCAAGGUGCACCUUGGCGUGGAUGUGAUUGGCAUCAUCCUCUCCCACGGCCACGACGUCGUGUUUGAUCCGCACAAGGUUCUCGACGACUGCGUCAUCCACUGCUCGCUACUGUCGUCCGACAUAAGCGACGCGUUUGUGGACUUUUCCGCGACCGGCAGCGACGUCGUCUGCGUCGGCACCCACUCGGCGUCAGCGUCGUCGCCAAUUCUCGUGCAAAAUGCCUUUGUCGUGGCCAAGAUCUACCGAAACAAUCACCAACGCCACACGUGGCUCUUGGACCCGAUCAACGAAGCGGUGCAAUGCAGCAGCCACUGCAUCGUGGGCCUCACGCGCGCCAUGCAGCUCUUCCUCCUCGACAUCAUUCCGGACAUUGACAUUCCCAACGUCACGUCGCUCAAGACGAUUCGAGGCAUCUGCUCGACGCUGACGCGCAUCGAGUUUUUGGAGCUCGAGGAGCUCUUUCGCAAGAACGGCAAGGGCUUGCCAAAAUCUGCGUUUGCAGAAUGCUUGGCCUUUGGUAUUAUCAAGUACCGCCCCGAGCUACGCACGGAGAAGCGGGCGACAGCCCUUCUGCGAUUGCUCUGUGAAAUGUUUGAUCAAAUUGAUAUCAACGGGGACGAGAAAGUGGACUGGGAAGAGUUCACGACGUUUUGCGCAGCAUUGGGCAUGCUCUCGACAAAGCAGUCACACGACUCGUCGGACGUCUCGGGCGUCGAAUACAUCUUCAAGCAAAUUCGCACCGCGCACACGACGCGACCGUUUCCAUACCAUAUUACCAAGAUGCGCGCCUUUGAGCAUGUGCGCAAGGUUGCGAUCCUCGAGCAAGAGAGUCCCCUUAUCGCCAUUUUCGAGAUGGACGGCACGUUUCUGCACGACAUAACCAACGUCAUGAAGACGAGCGUCAUGAAGGACGGGUUGUACAUCCUCGACAUUGAGCACAUCCCGACCCGCAACUGCUACGUCAUUUCGAGCUCGGACCGGAUCUUGACGCUCUGGAACAUUGUCAACGCUGUUAAAGGACAGUAUGUCCAGAGCGGUCGGUUCACCAACCACCACAUGGUGCGCACGGUCAAGUGGUGCGCGACGCUCAAGCUCUGCAUGACCUCGAGCUCAAAACAUACCGUGCUCUGGAACUUUGACGCGGGCAAGAUCCAGCACCGGCUACACGGCCACAGCGACCUCAUCACCGACAUUGUCGAAGUCCCAGGAGCGCCUCUGUUCCUUACCGCAUCCUACGACCAUACCGUGGCGCUCUGGGAGAUGGACCGGAUGCGAAUCGUCUACACAUUCGAAGGGCACACGCAGGGCGUGCUGCACGUGGACUGCAUUGGGAACGUCCUCGUCUCAUGUGGCUUUGAGCACCACGCUCGCGUGUGGAGUCUCGCCACUCGCAAACAACUCGUGCUAUUGACUGGCCACCACGAGAUGCUCCUGGACGCCAAGCUCGUUCGGUUCAACCUAAACACUCUUUUGUGUACCACGGGCGAUGUUGGCGGCAACUUUAAGGUCUGGGACAUCUCCCGCUGCAUCGUCGACGCCUCCAAAGAUGCCGCGGUCGUGCUCCACGUGUUUAGCGUCGGCAUUCCUGGCUGUGUCUCCCCCGUCUUUCACUCUUUUACGGUCCUUCCCCACGACCACAAACAGGAACCGCGCAACGAGCUCUGCGAGAUCUGGACCGGCACGGUCGAUGUGGUGCGCAUCGUACCGGAAGCCGUCUCGUCGACGCAAGCGCCCAUGCAGCACGUGCUCUACAACGCCCUCGCACACACGUUCACGGCCUCCGUGGGCGGCAAAAUCACCGUCUGGCGCGGCAAAGACGGCCACAUUGAGCAAGAGCCGAUCCACGUUGCGUCCGUCGAAGUGUGUGGUCUCUGCUACGACCUUCCGCGCCAGCGCAAGCUGUUUGUAUCGACCAGCGACGGCUCUAUCCACAUGUACAACCUCAUUACGGGCGAGCCCAUGAGCGAAAUCAAGGUGCACAACGGCGACGUGCUUGCCAUGAUCUAUUGCGAGCACACCAACUGCCUCAUCACAGCCGGUGGCGACGACACCCUCGCAAUUUCCUCCGACGUCAAAGGUGAGGGACGGCUGGAUACGCUCCGAACGAUCGGAAACGUCCACCGUGCUGGCAUGACAGCGUGCGCGUACUCGAGCGAGCACGGACUCAUCGUGACGGGCGACGUCAAGGGCCACAUCCGCGUGCACGAUUUUCAGCGUCUCUCACUGACGUUUCGGUGCGAAGGCCACGGCGGCGAGAUCACGGCGCUCGCCUUCCACCCGGCGACGUGCGUGCUCUUUGCCGCCGAUGCGACCGGCGACGUUUGCGUCUGGCAGCUGCUCAACGUCUUGGCCUUGUCGCAGUGCGUCAUGCGCCUCGUCGUGCCCGUCUCGACGACCUUUCUCACAACCUCUGACCCAUCGACACCGAUCGUCACGACGCUGUGCGCAACGGCCGACCAGAUUGUGGCCGGGGAUGACCACGGCCGCCUGCACGUCUGGCCGAUUCAGCUUAUGCGAAAGCAAGCCAAGGGCAUCACCAAACUCUUCUUCGAGCCGCUGCCGGCCAACAUGAUUGCGUUCGCGCGCGGUGGGUACAACCCCAACCUGCGAAUGAAGCGCACGCAGAGCGUCGCCACGUCCGACGCAAACAGCGGUGGUCACCACCAUACGGCGCACCACAAGCCGAUCAUGGGCCGUCCCGCCGUUGUCCAGAUCAAGGCGCCGACCACCUGGGUCGCGCAUACGAGCAAAAUCUGCCACAUCGCGCCGCUCCCAAGCCCAGGGUUUGUGUUUUCCGCAGACGACACGGGCGUGCGCCUCUGGAGCGUCGACGGCGAUUGCCUCGGAGUCCUCGACCGCAAGCGCAGCAGUGGCGUCGAGACCGGAAGUUCCGAAGCGAGCAUUCCGUGGAAGUACCGCCUGAGUCCAACCUCGUCAGCCUUGGAGCUCUCGGCCGCCGUACAGGCCAUGUCCAAGAAUGUCCUUCGCAAAGUUGCGUCGCUAAGCGCGAAUGCAGCGACGGUGACGAGUAAUAACCCGCCGACCCAUCGCUCGAGUAUCCUACUCGACGGAUUGCACCUGCGCACGCAGAGCUACCGUCGGUGCUCGAGUCUUUUAGACUUGCGGCCCAAGUCCCGGAAGGUCUCGAUUGUCGAGAAAGAGGACGACCCAGCAUUGGCCCAUGUCAUUCAGAACGCAACCGCCGAGACUGCCUUCUCCCGUCGCUCGCUCGCGGAGGGAAUCAAAACCAACACGUUUACGCAAGACGAAGGGUUUAUCCUCGAGUGCCUCAGCCACGACGACCACGCGCGCAAGACGUACGACUCGAUCGUGUUUCCGCCGCUUUUGCUCACAAAAGCAGAACUGCGUCGGCAGCUCGAGAUGAACGCAGUGCCAAAGCUUGACGCAGACGCGGUCGACGAGCUCCCCAUGCUGCGCACGUGCGACAACUUUCUUGGCGAAGUCCGCGUGCACAAGGCCAAGAUGACGCGCUUCUCUCACGAGAUGCCGUUGGACCCAUCGCCUUUUCUGCAGACGCACUUGACAGCAAAAAAGAAAGCUCACGCCACGACACCCUUGUCAGUUCCAAAGACCCAGAAGGCGACAUCACUGCCGCAACGAAUGCAGUGGAAGCUCGACGGGUUCCUUGACCAACCAGUGCUGCCCAGUGUCGUCAAGGCUCCAGCGUCGCCAGCUCGACGCAACGCCCGGCAGUGGACCGACCCAGCCGUCGCCGCCCUCGACGCGCGCCUCGAGUCGAGCUUAGGCCAGCGUCAGACGCAGUCGACCACCGACCUCUCUCACGUCCAAGCAAACAUUUCGAGAAAGCUCACGCUCUGCGAGACGCUGCAAGGAAUGGGCGAGCGGCGAACUAAGGCCGUGGUACCGGCGACAACUCCGACGAGCCGCCGAGUCGCGACACCAGCGUCGGAGCGAACACCAGUUAUGGACAUUGUCAAAGCCGGCGGCAACCCCUUCGGACCACGCUACUCGCCAAAAGACGUGCUUGAAUUCGGCGACACGUUGCAACGCUUUGAUAAAGACCUCUCGGGGGACAUCGACAUUGACGAGUGGCUCAAGAUUAUGACGGCGCUGGGGACCAAAAAUCAUGCGAUCGAUGUGGCCGUUGCGCGCGACCUCUUCUCGACAGUCGACGAGAACGACGACGGACUCAUUUCCCACCAAGAGCUCCUCCACAUUGUGUUUCUGCAAGCGACAAAAGAACAGUUGAUGCUCAUGGAGGAGCUCAUUCGAGCGUCGCAACACCGCCAUCAGAAGACAGUGUCGCCACCAUUGACCUCACAUGACGAGUGA